AUGAGGUCAUUCACAUUAUUAGCAGUCGGGGUUUUAGCAAUAACCCUACAAAGCGUUCAAGCAAACUUCAAACUCAAUGGUGAGUUCGUUACUGGAUUUGAAAGCGGUAUUUUCCUAAGAGAAGAGGCAGAUAUAUGGGGUGAUUACGGUUGCCAAAAGCCAAAGGUAAAUGCAGCAUUAGGCAAUGUCAACUAAUUGAUGGGACCACUUAAGAUGGUAGGUGCCCUUGCAAAGGACAAGAACAUUGAGCAUAUGGUAUCAACAGUCGAAGUAUUUGUUCAAUCUCUUUCUCAAUUACUCUCAGUUUUCAAUAACUACGACGGCGGCGAGUUCUGCUCAGGAGUUAUCUUCGGUCACCAUGGAGCAACCAUGCUCACCAAUAUUGCUAAGACUCUUGUUCAAAUUAGUCAAUAAAAACAAGGCUAAGUUGAAAGGCCAUCCAUCGCUAAUAAGAGCAACAGAAACAACAGCCAUGAUGACGAUGAUGAUAAUGACAGCAACGACAACUUCAGAUCUAAUGAGAACGAUAAGAAAAAGGACAGCGUCAAGAACAAGAUGCCAAAGAACGGGGGGCGCUCUGGCUAUUGA